CACGCCACGGGUUGGCCACCUUCGUCGUCAUUUACCGUUGAGCCAUUGAACUUUAAAGGUGAGGGUGUCGCAUUCCAGUCCAGAGCGCGGAGUUUGCCACUGAUCAAGGAUUAUAUCAAAAUGGAUGCAGUACUGGUGGAACGCGAGCGUGUCCUGUUCCGGAUGAACGAGGAAAUCAAUGCCAAGUCCAGGGGCUUGUUCGAGCUGAACGAGAAUGCCAGCUGGAUGAACACCAAAAGGCGCAUGAAGAGCAAUAUUCGCAAGUUGAACAACCAGCCGCUGGUGGUGGUGAUGGAUUCUUGCAGCACUUCAAUCGACGGGGGAAAUAAGGAAAAUGAUUGCGAUCGGAUGACACCACCAUCGGAUGCAGAAACUGAGUUCAAUGAUCGUUCCCACUCGCUGCUAGAGGAGCCAUCGAUUGUGGAUAGUGAAAAAGAUUCCAAUGUUGCAUCGGUUGGUUCUAAGGACGAUCAACUGCGGCUUGUGAAGGUCGGCGGCGAGAAGAAGAUCAACAAUAAGGUGGUUGCUAGGCAAAGUGGCUCGGCUAAAAAUGUGAACAAGAACAUGGCCGACGUUGUCCCGAAGGUUCUGGAGAAGAAGAACAUCAGCUCGGAGGGGUUAAUCAAGUUUCUCAAAUCAAAAGUUGCCAUCAUUCAAACGGAGCUGGAAUCGGUUCAGAAAAGCAAUGAAGCCAAUGUGAAGGAUUUGGGUUUGGCACUCGACAGAUUGAAACAAAUGGAAAAUUUUAAAGAACAGCUCCUUACUAAGAACGCUGCUCUGGAGCGCACAGUGAAGAAAUUCGAAGAGCGUAAUUUGGAGCUGGAUAAACUGUUGAAGGAAAAGGAAAUCCGAAUAACUAACACCGCCAAAGAACUGGCCACCGCACGGACCGAAAUUCGCUGCCUGACCCAAACCAAUCAACAUCUGGACAAGAAGUUGUUCAAAGCGCAGGAAGACAUCGACAGCCUGAAGAUCAAACUGACGAUCGCAAACGACGCCGAAAAGGAGACCCGGGAUGCAGCCCGCCAGGAACGCCAUACGUACGAAAAACAAAUUAAGCAAUUAAGAAAGCAGAGAAGCGAAGUGCUGUCGGACUACAAAAAGCUUCUUGUGACCAUGGAUCAGAUGAAGAAGCAAAACUUUCAAACGGAUCAGUCUCGUCUUAUGAGUGACUUCGAGCGGGAUUACUUUAGACAUCUGGACGAUGCAUCAUCCUCCUGCAAUCUGUCGCAAUGAGUGCUUGUGUGUUUUAUUAUUCCUGGAUGGUCCCCAGCAUCAUAGGUUUUAUGUGUGUGUUUUAAUCGUCACAAAUGGUAGCCGUAGCUCUUUCCCACUAAAUUUCAGACUGAGAUAGCCUUAGCGCAUUAGAGUAGAUUAUUUUUGAUAGCGAUGUUCGGACUAUACAUAAUCCCAAAAAAAUA